AUGAGCCCCACGGCGGCGGAGGACAGCUCCUCCUCCUACACGCGCUCCUCAGUCGCAUCCACGGCCACCAUGGAGUCCGGCGCCGCGCAGAUGCUGGCUCCUGCACCACCAAGCUGCGCGGUCGGCGGAGACGUCAUCUCGCCGGCGGGCGAGCAGGCCGUCAGGUCGCAGCCGUCGGCGGUGCCGCAGGGUUCUUCGCGGUUCAAGGGUGUCGUGCAGCAGCCCAACGGGCGCUGGGGCGCACAGAUCUACGAGCGCCACACCCGGGUGUGGCUCGGCACGUUCGCCGUCGAGGAGGCCGCCGCGCACGCCUACGACGUCGCCGCGCUCCGGUACCGCGGCCACGAGGCGGCGACCAACUUACCGGGCGCCGGGGCGUCGUCGCCCGAGCUCGCCUUCCUGGCGGCCCACUCCAAGGCGGAGAUCAUCGACAUGCUACGAAAUCACACCUACGCCGACGAGCUGCGCCAGGGCCUGAGGCGCGGCCGCGGCAUGGGCGCACGUGCGCAGCCCACGCCGGCCUGGGCGCGUGUGCCGCUGUUCGAAAAGGCCGUGACGCCCAGUGACGUCGGCAAGCUCAACCGCCUCGUGGUGCCCAAGCACCACGCGGAGAAGCACUUAAAGCGCGGGCCGGAGGCAGCGGCCACCGGCAAGGGCGUGCUCCUCAACUUCGUGGACGGCGAGGGCAAGGUGUGGCGGUUCGGGUACUCGUACUGGAACAGCAGCCAGAGCCACGUGCUCACCAAGGGCUGGAAACGCUUCGUCAGGGAGAAGGGCCUCCGAGCCGGGGACACCAUCGUCUUCUCCCACUCGACGUAUGGCUCGGAGAAGCAGCUCUUCAUCGAUUGCAAGAAGACCAAGGCGACCGCCACCGACGGGGCGCCGGUGCGGAUGCCGGUGCUGCCACCAGCGGAGAAACCAAAUGAAGCCCGUGUAGUCAGGCUGUUUGGCGUCGACAUCGCCGGAGACGGAUGCCAGAAGCGGGCACGGCCGGUGGAGAUUGCGUUCGGGCAUGGGCCGCAGGAAUUUUUGAAGAAGCAAUGCUUGGCGCAUGAUCUCUGUCCUGACCUAGGUGCCGUCUUGUUAUAG